CAGGAACAAUGGCUCUUCUCAUUUCUUGUUUAAAACAUGUUGUGAAGUUCUGUUUUGUGGAGCAAUGGCGUGGAAGAGAUGAGAAUUAAGAAGAAGAAACGACAUAGGAGGCCUGUUAGUGUCGAAGCAAGCAGCGAAUCAAUCAAGAUCACAAGUGUUGAAGAUGAAAUUGAGCCAGAGCCAGAGCCAGAGCAAGAGAAUCUUAAAAUCGAUGGCGAGGGUGCUACUCCAGUGAUGUCUGAGGAGGAAUUGAAUAAGAGAGUGGAAGCUUUCAUUGCAAUGUUCAGGCAGCAUUUGGCUUCAGAUGCAAGAACAAGCAGAAAUCAAUUUCUGUCUAAUGAAAAACAAACUGUAACUUUCAAGUUACAGAAGGAAUCUAGCAUGGCUCCGGAAGUCAGGUGUGUUGUUUAACAAGUUUAGGGUAUGGGGUUUUCGAAUUAAUGUUAUGUAGACCUAAAAUUGCGAUUUCUUAUAGAUUUCUUCUACUCUUGAGGUACUAAGAGUUCCAAAUUCUUUUUUUUUGUUUUAGGGUUUAGAAUUUAGAUUAUCAUAUUCAAAUUUUACGAAUUUUGCCAUCUCAACUCAGUUUGAUGUACAUGAGAUGGCACCCGGCCCUCUGUAUUCUUUUCCUUGAGAAUGUAGUCAAAUUUGGUGAAUCGAUUGA